AGGAGCUGAUAAUAGUGGAAGAAACUUUUCUUGAUUUCAUAGUUUAACCUCGGAAAUUUUCCAUUCUUUAUUAUUCUUCUUCUUCUCUCUCUUUCUCUCUCCCUCUCUCUAGUUACGGACGCUGGUUUGCUGUCAUGAAAAAAGAGCUAUUUCUUACCAAGGUACCAAGGAAACAAGAAACACGUUGAAAAUCGAGGUUUAUUCCGAGACCCAUUUCCCCAGGUCGAUUUUUGCACGUGGGUCAUCAACCUUCAAGCCUAUUUCCUCAAGAUGGAUUCUCGUUGCUUUGAUGACUACAAAGAAGACGGUGAAGGUAGAUAUGCUGAAGGAUUUGAAGACAAAUUUGGAGAUCCAGAAGUGCAGCCUCGCGUUGGGGAGGAAUAUCAAGCGGAAAUUCCUCCAUUGAUUUCAGCACCCUAUCGUUCUCUGCUUGUAAAGAGACAGAGAUUCAGAAAUCACGGAUCUAUCAGAAGCGAAGUGGGGCCAGCUAUUUCCGAGAAUGAAUGUUCGGAAACUAAAGUGGAACUUUACGCUGCUUCACGAGUGCUGAGAAAGGAUAAGAUGAGAGGGAAGUAUCUUCUCCCUGGAUUGUUGGACGAUCAAUCUUGGACAAAUACUGAAUAUAGCAGUUUUCUUCUUGGCCUCUAUGUCUUUGGGAAGAAGCUUAAUUUUUUGAAGAGAUUUGUUGGGAGUAAAAGUAUGGGAGACAUAUUGUCUUUGUAUUACGGAAAGAUGGAGGCAACAAAAUUGCUGUCAAGAUUAUUUUCGUACUUGCCAAGGGAGUGUCACACUAGAUUGCUUGAGAUUUCAAGGAAUUUUGGGGAGGGAAAGAUGCCUUUUGAAGAAUAUGUGUUUUCUUUAAAGGAUGCAGUUGGCAUUGACUUGCUUAUAGCUGCAGUAGGUAUUGGAAAAGGGAAGCAAGAUCUCACUGGCACUGCUGUUGAGCCAACAAAGACGAAUCACAUCUUCUCUGUUCGCCCUGAAAUACCAAUUGGCAAAGCUUGCUCCUCUCUUACAUCUGCAGAUAUAAUCAAGUUUCUCACAGGAGAUUUUAGGUUGAGUAAAGCUCGAUCCAGUGAUCUCUUCUGGGAAGCUGUUUGGCCUCGUCUUUUAGCAAAAGGCUGGCAUUCUGAACAGCCUAAAGAUGUUUCUGGAUCAAAGCAGUCUUUGGUUUUUCUUGUACCGGAUAUUAAGAAAUUUUCAAGAAGGAAACUGGUAAAAGGUAACCACUACUUUGAUUCUAUAAGUGAUGUGUUGAAUAAAGUAGCAUCUGACCCUGGACUUCUUGAGACUGAAAGUCAAGCAACUGAGUGCAGUGUAGAUAGGGAAAAAACUCCUGACAAACGAGACCUGGAGGGGGUGUCAUGUGGGGAACAAGCUCAGUACCUUCAAUCUCAUCGUUCAAAGUGCAAUCAAGAUGUCAGGAAAUUUACAAUUGUAGAUACCAGCAUGGUUCAUGAUAUGAAUCAACAUCAGGUUCGACAAUAUAGAGCUUUGAAUGCUAUCAAGGGUCAUGUUGAGCAAGAUAAUGCUUCAAGUGCUAUUGAAAACCAGGUUGAAAAAUCUCAUGUGUCAAGCUCUAUUGAUGAAUGGGUCGAACAAGCUCAUGCUUCAAGCCAUAUUGAAGACCGGGUUGAACAAGCUCAUGCUUUGAGCCCUAUUAAAGAUCGGGUUGAACAAGCUCAUGCUUCAAGCCUUAUUGAUGAUCGGGUUGAACAAGCUCAUGCUUCAAGCCUUAUUGACGAUCGGAUCAAUUUAAAAAGCGAACUCUUUCUAUCCUAUUCAAGGUCAGUUGAACAAGGGGUUGUGUAUACUCAUCAAAUUGUUACUUGCGUUCCUGAGGCCCUCAGCAUCAAUAAAGAAGGAAAAUAUCAUAGAUUUCAUUCUGAUUUGCAUAAUGGUGAGCAUUUAAGGGAGAUCAAUGAGCAUUCCCAUACACAAAAGAUGACAUCCGAUUGCACAAUUCCCUGCAUCACGGCAAUGCAGAAGUUAAGAGCUUGUAACCAUCAAGAAAAUAGUCACUGCACUAAAAGUACUUCUGUGGAUAGAAACUUUGAUUUAAAUGAACCAAUCUCACCAUCAAAUCUGCAAGAAGCAUCUGAGGACAUGGUUUUUUCUAUGGGUUCUGGAAAUUUGUCUUUACCAAAUUAUCUGGCUAAAGGCAGUCCGUCGAACAUUAGCCAUGAAGGUAGUGUCAGCGAGAACCGCCUGGUUAGAGAAGAGUCUGCAGAAAAUUCUGAAACCAGGAUGUUGAUUGACUUGAAUUUUCCUCAAGUUGCCCCUGAUUUAGGACUUGAAAUGGAAAUACCAUCCUCUGGGGUAACAGUGCAAAAUGACAAUCAAUUUGCAAAUGCAUCAUCUUCUCCAUCUGAGAUAACACAAUUCAAUGCCACACAGGAGUUUCCUGAUGGAAACAACGAGCAGCAGUCUAUCCUUGUCAACCGUCGUCAGAGCACUAGGAACCGACCGUUGACCACAAAAGCAUUGGAAGCACUUGAGUACAGAUUUAUCAACUCAAAGAGGAAAAGAAAGAACACAGAAUGUUCAGACAAUUAA